GGCGGCUCCGUCCAGGUGCUUCCGGCUCCCACCGGACGGAGGCGCGCUCGGCCCCGGGCUGGUUCUCCCACGGAAGUGUGUUUAGGCGCACCGGAAGCCACCUCAGGGGGUGAGCCAUGGCGGGUUUGCCUGUUAGAGACCCUGCGGUGGAUCGUUCUCUGCGUUCUGUAUUCGGAGAAAAGGUGCGUGGAAACAGAGCGUCCCUGUUCCGUGCUGCUUCUCUUAGCCCAAAAUACUGAUUUUAUUCUGAAGCCAUCGACCCUAUAUCCACUUCCCGCCCUCUCAUAAACGCGUAAUAUCGCUUGCUUUUUACUUGUAACGUUUCAUCCAACCAUAGUGGUAGCGGCCACCUGGCAUCUUGAGUGGGAAACAUUCCUUAUGAAGCUACUGAAGAACAGCUGAAGGACAUCUUCUCUGAGGUUGGGCCUGUUGUUAGUUUCAGAUUGGUGUAUGAUAGGGAGACAGGAAAACCAAAGGGUUAUGGCUUCUGUGAAUACCAAGACCAAGAGACGGCACUUAGUGCCAUGCGGAACCUGAAUGGUCGUGAAUUCAGUGGGCGAGCACUUCGAGUGGAUAAUGCUGCCAGUGAAAAGAACAAAGAGGAACUCAAAAGCCUUGGCACUGGUGCACCUGUCAUCGAGUCACCUUAUGGAGAGACCAUCAACCCCGAGGAUGCCCCUGAAUCUAUUAGCAAAGCUGUUGCUAGUCUUCCACCAGAACAGAUGUUUGAGCUGAUGAAACAGAUGAAGCUCUGUGUCCAGAAUAGUCCCCAGGAAGCACGAAACAUGUUGCUUCAGAAUCCUCAGCUGGCAUAUGCUUUGCUACAAGCACAGGUAGUGAUGAGAAUUGUGGAUCCUGAGAUUGCCCUGAAAAUUCUGCAUCGCCAGACAAAUAUUCCAACGCUGAUUUCUGGCAACCCUCAGCCAGUCCAUGUUGCUGGGCCUGGCUCAGGACCCAAUGUUUCAAUGAACCAGCAGAAUCCUCAGGCCCCUCAGGCUCAAUCUUUGGGCGGAAUGCAUGUCAAUGGUGCACCUCUGAUGCAAGCUUCUAUGCCAGGUGGAGUACCUGCCCCAGUGCAAAUGACUGCAGCUGUAGCAGGGCCUGGCCCUGGUUCUUUAGCUCCUGCAGGAGUCAUGCAAGCCCAAGUGGGAAUGCAAGGAGGUGGACCAGUACCCAUGGAAAGAGGACAAGUGCCGAUGCAAGACCCCAGAGCAGCUAUGCAGCGGGGAGCCUUGCCUGCCAAUGUCCCAACUCCUCGUGGUCUGUUAGGAGAUGCCCCCAAUGACCCACGGGGAGGCACUUUAAUGUCUGUAACUGGAGAGGUAGAGCCUAGAGCUUACUUGGGACCACCACCACCACCUCAUCAGGGCCCACCCAUGCACCAUGUUCCUGGCCAUGAAGGCCGUGGACCACCCCCACAUGACAUGAGGGGAGGUCCAUUAGCUGAGCCCAGACCUUUAAUGGCAGAGCCAAGAGGACCCAUGAUAGAUCAGAGGGGUCCACCCAUGGAUGCUAGAGGUGGAAGAGAUCCCCGAGGAUUAGAUGCACGAGGGUUAGAGGCCAGAGCCAUGGAGGCCAGAGGACUGGAUGCCAGAGGACUGGAGGCCCGUGCCAUGGAAGCUCGUGCCAUGGAGGCCCGUGCCAUGGAAGCCCGUGCCAUGGAGGCCCGUGCCAUGGAAGCCCGUGCCAUGGAGGCCAGAGGGAUGGAUACCAGAGGCCCAGUACCUGGACCUAGAGGACCUAUACCUAGUGGAAUCCAAGGUCCAAAUCCAAUGAACAUGGGGGCUGUCGUUCCCCAGGGAUCAAGACAGGUCCCAGUCAUGCAGGGAGCAGGCAUUCAAGCAGCGAGCAUGCAAGGUGGAAACCAACCUGGUGGCUUUAGUCCUGGACAGAGCCAAGUCACACCCCAGGAUCAUGAGAAGGUAAGCAACACUUCUCACUGCCUCCCCAUGCACAAAUCUAGUAUUUUUGAUCUUUUUACAGUUACCAUGAAGAUCCUGGAUCUUCAAAGUUCCUUUGGAUGCAAUGUUUACUCCAACUUAGGACUCUAAUGAUCUUGACUGAGC